AUGGCUGAAGGCAAGGUUUCGCAGCAGGAGCUGGUGGCCCAGUGGGAGGCGGUGCAGGUGAAGACCUUCACCAAGUGGGUCAACUCCCACCUCAACAAGAGGGCCAUCGCCGUGGACAACGUUCGCACCGCCUUCCAGGAUGGUGUCAACCUCAUCCACCUCCUCGAGAUCAUCUCCGAUGAGACCCUCCCCAGGAAGAACCUGAACCCCAAGAUGAAGAUCCACAAGGUGGAGAACGUCGGUUGGGCUCUCAAGUUCAUCGCCGAACACAACGUCAAGCUCGCCUCGAUCGGCCCUAACGAGAUCGUCGAUGGUGACGUCAAGUUGACCCUCGGUAUGUUGUGGACCAUCAUCCUGCGUUUCGCCAUCGCCGGCCUCAGCGAGGAGGGCAUGUCCGCCAAGCAGGGUCUCCUGCUCUGGUGUCAGCGCAAGACCGAGCCCUACAACAACGUCGACGUGAAGGACUUCUCGCCCUCUUUCCACGACGGCCUCGCCUUCUGCGCCCUCAUCCACCGCCACCGACCCGACCUGAUCGAUUACGAGAAGCUGACCAGCGAGGACAAGCUGGGCAACCUCAACCUGGCCUUCGAUGUGGCCCUGAGGCAUCUGGGCGUUCCCCGCAUUCUCGAUGCCGAGGAUAUCGCCAACAUGCCCCGCCCCGAUGAGAGAUCCGUGAUGACCUACGUCGCCCAGCUCUACAACGUGUUCGCCUCCAUGGACAAGGUCGAGCACGCCGGUCGCCGUCUCGGCAAGUUCGUCAACUUCUCGAGGCAGAUCGAUGAGAUGCAGCAGGAGUACGAGCAGAGGACCAAGGCCCUCAACGACCAGGUCAACGCCAAGGCCCGACACUUCGGCGACCAGCCCCACGGCGAGGACUACGCCAGCGUCAAGGCCGAGAUCGCCGAGCUGAGGCAGUACAAGACCUCGGCGAGGCGCGAGUGGGUCGUGGAGCAGGCUAACCUGGCCACCCUCCUGGGCAACAUCCAGGCCAAGCUCCAGUCGCUCAAGCGCCCGCUCUACGUGCCCCCGGCCGGUCUGUCCGUAAGGGACGUCGAGCUCAACUUCGAGGCCCUCAGCGGCGCCGAGCGAACGCGCCGCUCCGCGCUCAACCAGAAGCUCAGGGCCAUCCUUGAUGCCCUGCGUCACGACUUUGCCAACGUGGCCAACCCCUUCUACGACCACCUGCAGGCCAUCCGCUCGGCGCUCCACUCGACAGCCACCGACCUGGCCGAGCAGCUGGCGCUCUUCGUGGCCAAGACCGAGGAGCUCAAGAGCCUGGCGCCCCAGCUGGGUCCCAUCGAGGAGGCCGAGAAGAGGGCGCACGCGGCCAACAUUGAGGACAACGAGUACAGCGACCACACCUACGAGGAUCUCGCGUUCGAGUACGAGCAGCUUUCGGCCGUGUUCUCCAAGAAGGUGUCCUUCAUCGAGAGCCAGAUCGCCGCCGACCAGUCCUCGGGCGUCUCGGCCGAGCAGCUCCAGGAGUUCAAGGAGUCGUUCAACCACUUCGAUAUCGAUGGCGACCGCAAGCUCUCCAAGCUCGAGUUCAAGUCGUGCAUGUCUUCGCUGGGUAUCGUCAACGUUGACUUCGGUCAGGGCGGCGACAAGGCCUUCGAGGAGAUCUUCCAGAGGGUCUCCAACAAGGGUGCCGAGGUCAACUUCGACCAGUUCGUGGACUACAUGGUGUCGAUCACUGCCGAUGCCGCCUCGCUCGUGCAGCUCCAGGACGCCUUCUCGUCAGUCACCGGCAACAAGGCCUUCAUCACGGAGAACGACAUGAGGGUGGCUCAGCUCCCUGAGGACCAGGUCCAGUACCUGCUGUCCGUGCUGCCGCCCACCCAGGGAGGCUACGACUUCAAGGCCUGGCUCAGCGCCCAGUUCGGCGUCGCCCAGUAA